AUGGCGUUCGCCAAUUUCCGCCGCAUCCUGCGCCUCUCUGCCUUCGAGAAGCGCCGAUCCAAGGAGUAUGAGCACGUUUGCCGGGACCUGGAUCCCAACGAGGUGUGGGAGAUCGUCGGAGAGCUGGGCGACGGCGCCUUCGGCAAAGUGUACAAGGUGAGCAAGAAGAUGCGGUGGCGGGAGCGAGUUCGAGUUCGGCGCGCCUUGUAGGCGCGUGGAGUUUGCUUGGUGGGGUAAGGUAAAAAGGUAAAUGAGCCGGCAACUUCACGAAACGAAGAAGGAAAGGCUGGCGCAUGGGAUCUCUCGAGUCUCUCUCGCGUUCACAAUAACACAUUGCAAACCGCGUUAGGUAGCAGUGUAUGCGGUUCGGAGGGUGGCGAGCCGUGACACGAGACUGUUUCCUCAGAGGAGCUGAGAGUUCAUUUUCACCAAAGUCACGUGGAGUUCUCCCCAAACACUUGGGGGUUUCGUUUCAUACCUACAGGAUAAGUUGUUAUACUUCUGUUGCUGUACUCUGAGAAAGGAGGAGGGUAAAUUAUCUUGUAGCAUGUCACUUUAACAAGUAACUCGUUCUCUUUGAAAAGUGCCUUUCCUUCUCUCCUUAAUUGCUUCAACUCCUGUGUGAAGCUGGAUUUGGGCAUUCAUAAAUGUGAAACUUACCUGUAUCCCGUGGUGUGAGUUAACUUUUGCAUUGGGAACACACGUGGAUAGAUCAGAAUGUUCACUGCUUUUCCCAAUCCCCCUCUCCUGGCUUUUUAGUAGGUUGAGGAAUCCUGCAAACCCCACAGCUGUGUGCAUACAUAUUUUGUUUGGAUAACUUUACUCCUUGUACACAUGGCAAGUCCGUGCAAACCAUCCUGGAUAGAGAAAUGUUGUUCCUUACCAGCGUGAAUAAUACAGUUCAGUGAUUGAAAGGCAUUAAGUAUUGCAAGGAGAAAUAGCCAGAGACCUGCUAGAUCCAACCAAAGGCCUCUCUGGUCCGGCAUAGGCCAGGCCACUGGCCAACCAGAAGCUGCAAGGGCCGGCCCUAAAUACUUUGCUGCUUGAACCAGUUAAAGUUCUAAAGCACAGCCAAGUUAUUCUGGCACUUAAGGUAGAAAGCUCCGCAACAAUUUUCCUCUUCUCCAGCAGUAAAAGUACAAUAAAUAUUAAACUAAAUAACUUAAUUUGAUGCCCCACCAUGGCACCAAAACACAGCUGGCCAAUGAUAGGGCCCGUGCCUGAGCAGGAGAUGAAUGCAGUUGCCCUUUUUUGCCGAUUUCCCCCAGCAAGUAGUAUUCAUAGGCAUGCCGCCUCUGGCCCUGGAAAGCGAUCACAACUAGUAGCCUCCCAUAGCUGCUGUCACAUUCAAGUAGCCUGCAAAGCCUUGAGAGGAGGUUAAAUCCUUCUUCCAUUUGGUUAAUAGCAAAUUCUUACUGGGUUUCGUUUCAUGUAGGAAUGGUGUUGGGCAAUGGGGGAUGAAAGAAAAUACUCCGCAAGAGAAUUUUUAAUUUAUCCUUGCUUCUUAUGAGAGUGACAUUCACAGCAACAGGUGGGGAUGGAGUGGGGGAUCAAGUGUCCUCUUUCUAUAAGUCCAUGUAGUGGGAGUCCCCCCCCCCCCCUGCAGGAGCACAUGUCUUGCCAGAAGUCUGUAAAUCAUAUAGACUGUGUGUUCCUUCAGGGGAGAUGUGGAGUAAUCUUGGAUUAAAGAGGUAGUGCAGAUUUAGGGGUGCGCUGCAUUUUGUUGUUCUAUUCUCCCUGCCUCUGAUCCAACACCUCUCUUUUAGAUUGUAAGCUCCUCUGAGCAGAAACCCUAGAAGCUCAGCCCCAGUAUGUUUCAGCAAGGCACAUCAAGUUCCUGUUAGUAGGUAUUUCUAGAUGGAUGCUUUGACAAUACUGUUCAUCAGUCUUCCCCAACCUGGCGACCUCUAGGUUUUAAGGUCUACAGCUGUUGUCAGCUGUAGAGGGCACCAGGUUGGGGAUGAUGGGAGACUGAGUUAUAGUCAAAAACAUCUGAAGAACUUCAGGUUGGGGAAGGCUGCUCUCUGCCACGUAUCUCAGCUGAGUCAACUAAUUGGGUCCAAUUCAUGAUAAUGGGCAGCUUUAUUUAUAAAAUGUCAGGGAGAUCGCUUGCUCUUCCAGAUGUUGGUCUUAGUGCUUUAUAUUUACAUAUAUAAAAAUAGCUUCUUGUUCAGACCUCUUUCCUCCCCCGCCCCCUCUUCCCCCAUUUGAGUGUCUUCAGGUGUUGAAUCUAGAGCUGUCUUCAAAUUUACCAGACAAAUCCUUUUGGGGAGCCUGGAUUGACUUGGCAAAUCUUGUUAGUAAUAGUGACUAGAAGCUAAUGAGAGGCCAGCUGGGCUCAUUUGCAGGGGGGAUAUGAAUGCUGCUAGACUGAAGACAGAUUUCUGGGGAACAAGGUUAGCAAGAGCCUGAUUGGGGCUUGGGCAAGUAGAGGUGGUACUGUAAGGCGAGGCUAGUGAUGGAGUCUGGCCAAGCGUUAGACUUUAGAGAUGAAGAGAACUGGCUUGGAUCCCUGCCCUUGGUGAGUGCAGUACAAAUUGCUGAAAUGGCUGGUGUAGUGCAGGGACCGCAGCUCCAUUUUUGUGGAAGCAAGAAUAAAAAAUUGACCUGUUUUUCAGCAGUUGCAGCAGAUAACACUGCCACAAUUGCACAAGGCAGGCUUGGCCAACCUGAUACCCAGCAUGCUAAUUGGGGCUGAGGUGAGUUGUAGUCCAAAACACCUGGAGGCCAGAAGGUUGGCUAAAGCUGGCUUAAGCAAUAUGCAAGGGUACUAGGCUUGAGGAGGGCUGAUAAUGGCUCAUCUGACUGCACUUCAGUCUAGGUUCUUUGACAAUUCUGUUGACUACACACAAUAAUGGCUGUCAAGAAUCCAUUGUGGUAAACUAUUUAAACCAUGUGAUGCAUGUGUGUUCCCACUACUCUGGAAGGCAAGAAUUAGUGUGGCCAUCCAAACCACAAGAGUAAUGAACUGUCUUUCCUGUUACAAUUCAGAAAAGCUUUGAACUUGUGUGUUUAGUAGAAGCAAUGUAGAUAGAGACUGCCACUGUCAGACCAAAAUGCUGCUGCAAGUCUCUGGAAAUCACUCAUUUAUGCCAGAAGCCUCUCCUGCUAAGAAAGUAAAAUGAGACCUGCUGGAUCAGGCCAGUAUCUCAUCUAGUCCAGCAUCCUGUUCUCCAGCAGCUGAUACUCAAAAGCAUACUGGCUGCAACAGUGACGGUAGAACAUAGCGCUCGGGGUUAGUAGCCAUUGGAUAGCCAUAUCCUCCAUCAAUUUGUCUAAUCCUCCUUUAAAACCACCCAAGUUGGUGGCCACCACUGUCUCCUGUGGGAGCAAAUGCCCACCUAUCAUAGGGGAGUUGCUCCAUCCCAGUCGCCCUUUUCUGAACAUUUCCCAACUCCGCAAUAUCUUUUUUGAUGUGAGAUGAUCAGGACGGUACACAGUAUUCCAAAGCAGUCGUAUCAUAAAUUUGGAUGGUGGCAUUAUGAUGUGGAUAAUUUUAUUUUCACCUAGUUGUCCCUGUUCUGUUUAAAAAAAAAAAAAAAAGACUGGAUGGGGGAAGCACUGCACUCAUCAAUAAAAGAGAAAGAAACAGGGAAUGGGAGAGGUACCCAGUCUGUGAUACCAGCUGGAGGAAUGUGUCACUCUGGGAAUACUGUAGCUCACUGUUAAAAAGCAUUUAUUUGGAAAUUAACAUCCAUUUAAAUGGAUCUUUUCAAGUGUGUCUAAAGGCCAUGCUCUGGUUAUUUCCCUGCAUGAAUUAUCACAACUAACCCCCCAACAGCCUUCCUGACCCCCUUCCCUUUGUUCCGUGUAUGUCUGCUGCCAAGACUGUCCAUCUCCCCAGUAGUUGUGGGCUCUGGUCCACAAAAGCUUAACUUUUAAGACACCACAAUCUUGUACAAUUGGUUCAGUGGGGCUUGCUUCUUAUAAAUUGGCAUAAGAUUGUAGCUAAACCAACAGACAUAGUUGCCUCCCUGGAAUAAUUCUGAUUGAGUGCACCACUCCUCAACCCCAUCAUUGUACCAUUCAUACCCAACAUGAAUUUCUUCUCCUUACUUCAUGGUCGUUUAAGCAUGAUUUCUCUUCAUGGUCUUUUAAACAUGAUUUUUUCUUUGGGCAAGGGCUUCAUUGUUCAAACAAAAACCCAGGGAAUGAGCUCAGCUUCCACUCCUUUCUUUGUAUUUGAUCAGACUUUUCCAUUUCCUCCACCUCCUUUCACUUCUUCCUUAUACCCCCUUUCCUGUUUGCUUGUUUUUAAAUCCAGCCAAAGUCAAGCAGAGCUCCAGUGGGCGAGAGAUGCAGCACAAUUGCCACUGCAUGCUUACUCAGAAGUUGUCCCACUGCUUUCAGUGGGGCUUACCUCUCAGGAAAGUGCGGCUUUAGGCCUGUGCUUGGUUUUUCCCAUUGAAAUAGUGGAAUUUAAGCAUUUUGGAGGGCCAGAUUAUGCCCCCUUGCCGACAUGGGCAGUCCUUGAUGUAUGAGUAGCUUCUUGUAAAAAUUUUGGGUUGGAAGGGAAUUUAAUUGUGCAAAGAUAAACAAAUUUAAGGUGUAGUCCUAUGCACACUUGCUUGGAAAUAAGCCUCACUGAACACAGUUGGACUUAACUUCUGUGAGUAAGCAUGCAUGGGACUGUGCUGUAAGUAACAUAAGAUGGAAGACUUCCCUACCUCACUUCUUGUAUAACUGAAUGGGAAGAGGGCAUGGCAAGCUUGGGUGCCCGUAGGCUCCAGAGUAUGCCCGGUGAUGUCACUGGUGCUGAGCCACAGCCCAGAGACCUUUGAGCCUGCACAAACAGGGCAGAUUGGGCCUUCCCUGCCCUCCGAAUGCCAUGGCGAGGGUGGCAGCUUUGUUGUCAGAUUAUCAGCUUGGAAUCCUUGACCAGAACCUCAAACUUCUUGUACAUGCAGUUCUCUUAGUAGUUGAUUGGGAGACGGGGUGAGGAGUACGUAAAACACUCCAACAGAGUGAUGUUUAAAUCUAAGAAAACUGAACUACAUAGCAUAUAAGCAACAUGCUGUAUAAACAUCCAUUUUGUUUAAAUGCAGUGUAAUAUAAACCAUAUAUAUUUCAUAGUGGGACUCAUGCAGCCUGGGUGGUGGAUAGCUGCAGCAGCACUGGUCCCCUAAACUGAACUGUGGCCGAGAGAGUUUCAGGUAUCAUUCAGUUUCUCUGAACUGGCUUUCUAUGAAUUAAUAACCAGCCUGUAUUGAAAAGUCUUUGCUUCAGAUCUCACCUCAACCAAGAAUUGGGUAAACUGUUCUUUGCUCAGCCUCACCUGCGAAUUUAGAGAUAAUCCUCCCUAUUUUACAGAGUUGUUAUUAUGAACAUGCAUAGCAUACAGUCAUGGAGUGAAUCCUGCUGGCUUCAGUGGGGCUUAGGAUUGGACUGUAAUUUGCACACGCAGCAGUCAUCAUAUAGCACUUGUUUUUCAAUAAAUUUGAGGUGUACUGUAUAACUUUGGUAACCCAAGACUGCAUGAUUGGCGGUGGUGUCAUGGUUGAAUCAUGAUUGUGUCAAACAAUUUGAGGCUUCUUGGUCAUCCGUUCUGGGUGAUUUAUUCACAUCUUGUUGGCGUGUUAAGGAUACUCUCCCUUGCUUGUGUUAUGAAAUGAAAAUGAAAAGCUUGGGGGAGGGGGAAUGGAAUGUAUUUUAAGAAGUGCCUAUCAACACAUAUGUUUACUUUACAUACAGUUUAUAUACCUCUCCAUGAGACUUCCUCUCAGCCAGAACAGGGACUUCCUGGUUCAUUUUAAAACACCAAGUGGAAGGCAGAGAUUGGGCCAAGGUCACUCAGUAGUUCAGAAAGUGGUCUUUAGCAACCCUCACGCUCUCUUGAGGUCACUUGUUGAUGCAGCUGCUGUGAAAUAAAUAAUAAUAAUAAUAAUAAUUAAAAAAAAAAAACAGGCUGCAUGCAGGUGGGUAACUUUCCUGCUCUCCAGAGAGCAGUGGACAAGAAGACAAAGGAGCUGCCAUAAGUGUCCCCCUUCUUUCAAGUGGGCAUUCUAGCUCUAGCAUCUUUCUCCAUUCCCCAUGGAGCAAAAGAACUAUACAAAUGUAUCUGAACUCAGGAGAGGAAGGGGCGGGUGUAUUGUGUAAGUCAGUUCCUCAACAGGGAUAGGAUGGCACACACUAUGGUUGAGAUGGCCUGAUCUAUGCUGAGAGAGGGGGGUAAAGUGGGCUUGAGAACCCUGAGAGAAACGGAUAGUCCUCCAGGCAUUGCUGGGCUGCUGCAACUCUCACCAACUCUGACCUAGUGACUGUUCUGCCUAGGGCUGAUGGGAGUGCCAGCAACAUAUUCAGGGUCAAAGGUUGCCACCCUUGCACUGUAUCCUGUUGGACCUUCUUGCACUGCCUCCAGAUGAUUCAGUAGGAGCAGCAAGGAGGGUCCAAUCCUUUCCAGGCAGGGUGCAGGGGGCUCAGGUGCCUUUAGGCUCUGGUUCCCCCUGACAACCCAUUGUACCAAGCCAUAGACAGCUCUCAGCCAGUGUCUUGAACAACAAUUAUCCCAGUAAAUCGGGAAUAAUGUUAUGACAUCCAGCAAAUGGCUCAGUAAUUACUGCGGUUUUCCCAGUUUAAUUACCAAUUUAACUAGGGUAAGUUUGGCUGUCCCCAAGGCAUUCCUCAUCAUGUCCUCGUCAUCAUGUCCUGUGUCUGCCAGCAACGCACAGAAAAUAAUUGUUGGGUGCAAAACAACCUGACGAAUAAGCACUCUGAAUGUUUUACGUUGAGGAAUUUGGGCUGCAUGCAAUGAGUUUAUGGGAAAAAUAUAUUGCCCUGUCUUUUUUUAAAUGAGGCUUAUCAGCUGCCUUUAAAAUGUGUAACUUGCCUAGAUUAGAACAAGUGUCUCUCACUUUGUCUUUCAUCAUCUUCCCCAACCCAUGCAUAUGUUGAGGGGGAACUUGAUAAGAAAACACAUCUCCCAUCUCAAAUUGUGGAAACUGGGACAAAAGAAAUGCUGCUUGUUGUUUAAGAAAAGGGAAGGGAAGUAAGGGGGGGCGUCAGUGGUGUGGUGGUUCAGUGCUGAGCACCAUUGCAGUGUAGAUUCAUUUUAAUGGGUAUCUUUCUCAGCAAAACAAUACUAAUUUGAUUGGUUUUCUGCAACAGAUGUUACCGUGUCGGCACAAUGCCCUUAAAAAGAAAAAGAAAAAACCUUUAAAAUAAUUUUAUUUCUACACCAUUGAAGCUUUGUUUAAUACAGAAUAAAGCAGACCUUUUGGUUAACUUGCAUAUACGCACGGGGAUCAAAGGAACUAUUGGCGUUACAGGUUGAAGCAGAUACAGGGAGAGAUUUUGCACGAGGCAUUACUGACAGGUGCAGCACUUAGUGGAGAGCAUAAGACUCUUAACUACUGAAACAAAGUGUGCUUAGCGUUUAUGUUGAUCCAGUCCAAAAUCCAUUCAAAGCAAUUAGAAGCUCUGCUGAGGACUCUGGAUCUUCCAGUUCUGUACAUCUGAGCUUGCUAGGUAUGAGAAGGUAAUCCCUUGUAAUUUGGAGAGUCUCUGAAGUCUGCAGGAUGCAGACUUUCCAUCUCUGUCUACUAAAAAUGGCAGCCCAUGGCCAAGUUCCUUCCUCUUCCUCCUUAACAUCUUGCUCUGUGCCCUGUGUCAGGACUCCAUUGUUCUCUGCCCUUUCUGUACCACCCCCACUGCCUCCACAAUUCCCCAUAAACAGCUGUCACUCGUGAGUGCAAAGAACUGCCCAUCAAGAGACAAGAGUUGAACCUGACAUGGGGAUGCCAUUUUUUGCCAGUGGCCCCGUCCCUCAUUGGUAUAUAUGUAUAUCAGUCUCCAAUCUACAGCAGAAGGGAUUGACGCUCCUUGCUGCUGCCAACAUUUUGUUCUUCCUUUCCUCUGACAGUAAAAACAGAUGCCCUGGAGCAUCAAGAAGCUGAGCGUGACUCUCAGCGUUAUGUGGGUGGGGCUUUGUUAGCUGUAAACCAGGCAAAGGAAAGGUAUAUUGUGUUAUGGGUCAUUUGAAAUGCUUGACCAGCUUGUAUGAUGCACAGACCUAUACCACAGUGCUGGAUGCUCGAAGCAAAAUAGCCCGAAGAAACUUUUUACACAUGCAGGCUGAAGGUCAGCUUGCUAGAAUGUUGUUGUACAACUGCAAAUACUGGAGCAGGAAAGUUUAUCUGCAUUUUUGAGCGUGUCCCAAACCAGGGCUGCCCGCCUUGCUGAAACAGCAGGGAUGCAUCUGUGCCUCUUGUGAAAUGCUAUCGCUGUGUUCCAGAGGCUACUGAUGAGAGCACCUACGCCCCUGAUAACUCGACUGUGGCAGGAUGUGUUUUGCUAGGGUGGCCUCUUGACACUGCCUGUUUCUGCAGCAAACAAUGUACUGAAGUAACUUCCUGCUGAAAAUGUGGUCUGGGUUUUUUUUGUUUUUGUAAAGUUCUCUGUUCUAUUGGUGUUGCAAUAUACCCUAACUAUAGCAAUCCUCCGCUUUCCAUUUCAAAUAGCCAUUUUCUUAAGUACACUGAAAAUGUCUGUCUCCUUCUCCUCCAUUCAGUGCAAAAUCAUCAUUUUUUAAGGCUGCAAUACUAACCGUGCUAACCUGGGAGUAAGCCCCAGUGAAUUCAGUAGGACUGACUUCUGAGUAAAUAUAGGAUCAUAGAAUUCUAGUGUCGGAAGGUACCAAGGGUCAUCUAGUCCAACUCCCUGCAGUGCAGGAAUCGCAGCUGAAGAAUCUCUGAUAGAUGGCUAUCCAACCUGUGAUUAAAAAUCUCCAGUGAAGGAGAGUCCACCACCGUGCAAUAUUGAACAGCUCUUACGAUCAGCAAGUUCUUCCUAAUGUUUAAUUGGAAUCUCCUUUCUUUAACUUGAAUCCAUUGGUUUGGGUCUUACCCUCUGGAGCAGGAGAAAACAAGCUUGCUUCAUCUUCCACAUGACCAUGGGUAGGCAAACUAAGGCCCGGGGCCCGGAGCCAGCCCAAUCGCCUUCUAAAUCUGGCCCGCGGAUGGUCCGGGAAUCAGCGUGUUUUUACCUGAGUAGAAUGUGUCCUUUUAUUUAAAAUACAACUCUGGGUUAUUUGUGGGGCCUGCCUGGUGUUUUUACAUGAGUAGAAUGUGUGCUUUUAUUUAAAAUACAACUCUGGGAUAUUUGUGGGGCAUAAGAAUUUGUUCUGUCCCCCCCCCCCCGAUAUAGUCCGGGCCCCCCACAAGGUCUGAGGGACAGUGGACUGACACCCUGCCGAAAAAGUUUGCUGGCCCCUGCACAUGACAGCCCUUUGAAUAUUGGAAGAUAGCUAUCAUAUCACCUCUCAGUCCUCUCCAGGCUAGACAUACCCAGCUCCCUCAAGUGUUCCUCAUAAGGCUUGGAUUUCAGACCUUUGCUAUCUUGGUUGCCCCCUCUGCACAUGUUGAUUAGGAUUGUGCCAUAAUUCAAACAUUUGAGGUGAUUAUUUUUAGAAUCUAAUGGCUGGGGAAUUCCCUAUACCUCCUCGAAUGAUCUGAACGCUGCAAAUCCCCUUCUCUCCUUCCUCCCUCCUCCACCCCAAUAAUUUUGUCAGAUGCAAUGUUGUCAUUUCCUAGCUGAAUGAAAUUUAUUUUAACCCUACCCUAGUGCUACAUUUCCUGGAUUUCGAGUACGAAUAUAUCUCUGGCAAAUUCUGCAUGUGCCAAUUACAGUUCAGUGCUAUUUUCCGCUAAUGAAUAUAUUUUUAUGUUGUGAAAUAAGUGACUUUCUUCCUGAUUAUGUGAGUGAGCUCUAGAGGCUCCCGCAUAGCUCCAAAGCCCAGGAGCCAGCCUGCUUCAUUUUGGAUCAGAGCCACCUCUAUUGUGAGGUGGUCCAAAUAUCUCCCAGGUGGGGAUUAUUGCCUCCACACCUCAUCUGAGCUCUCAACCGGUUCACUAGAGGGCUGUUUGUGGUAGUUCCUUGACAUUAAUUUCCAUACUGCAGACCUCUGCUGUAACUGCUGGACAUCUCGGCCUUUUAAUGCAGUGGCUUGCAUUUGAAAGUGAGCAAAAAUUGAGAUUUCUGACAUUUGUGGUAAAGGUUCAGCAAACUUCUCCAAAAGGAAAAUGCCAGCAUAGCACUGGUGGCGCUGAGAUGCUUCAAAUAUUCCAGGGAUUCCUGCGUGCAUUAUGUGAGACCUGAAACUCUUAGAGGGUAAUGUUUGACUGAAUUAAACAGAGUCUUUCUUGCAUGGCAUAGCUCUCAGUCUUGAACUUCAUUCCUAUUCUUUUGCCCACUUGAGGCCUUCUGGCCUUCACAAUAAGACACAGAAACCCUGGGGCUUGCUGAACAGCUAUGUAAGGCUAAUGUGGAUGAAAUACUUAUUGUCUUCAAUUCGUGGGCUGUUCUCCCUGUCGGCUCCAGGCAAGGCGAUAGGUAUUUGCAUCUCCUGUGUUUUGACUUGCCCUAGUUAGCUUUAAAGCAAUUCUGAUAAGCUCUUACACAAAUGGUGUCAUAUAACAGGUGCUUUGUUCCAUGGCUAGCAUUCUCUGCUUCUGAAACAUCCAGCUACAAUGACUAGAGAAAUAAUAGUGCCACUCAGCACAGCCUUUCCAAUUUUUGCUUUAUUCAUGUAGCUUCAUGUUUGUAGCAAUCCUAUGUGGCCCAUGUUGACUUUCUAAUCUGCUUCAGACAUUCUAUCUGAAGGCCCUGAAAUGCCACCUCCUUCCACAAAGCCAUUGACUCUUUUUAUGGGCGGGGGGUGGGGUGGGGGGAAUACCUAUAUCUGAAAAUGCACUGCACUUUUUAACUUUCCAAUAUCCCUCCCCCACCCACCCGCCUCAACCCUCUUCAAUUUGGUUUUCAUCCCAUUCAUUCAGCCAAAGCUGCACUUUGGUGGCAAUCCAAACUCUUGGCAUUUAGUGCUUAAUAGAGCAGCAUAGACACUGCCACAGUUCAGCCACUUGUGCUGGCAAGGGCAGAAGGGGUGGGUGGGGACAGGGCAAAUAAACAACAACCCUUCUCUAGUCCAACUUCCAGCAGGGACAGAUCAGUCUCAAAACGCCCCAUUUCAGCCAUUUCUGCUUGCCACCACCUGUGGGCAUGCCAUCAGCAAUAGCUGCUGCCCACCCCCUGUUGGGGAGGCACAUUAGGGCAUCCCUUGCUGGUGGAGCUUCCCUCCAGCAGAACUAGGCAGGACAGGGUGAAGAGACAUCUCUGUCCCAUCCAAACCCCUGCUAGCACACGACCAGAAGUUUUCCUAAAAGCAGCCUGCUUAAAACUGAAGACUCAUUGAGUUAUCUGCAGCUUUCAAUACCGCUGUUAAUCCACACUCUUAACCUCUUAACCUCUCUCUUUUGUAUUGGUUUUUAUGCUACAAUGCCUUCUUCAAAGAGCUCUUAUCUUGCUUUUUUCCAUUUAGUUUCUGUCAUUAGCUUUGUUCUUCCAUCACAUAGUAGGUUUUCACAGACAUUCCAUAAAUUGAGACCAAUUGAUAGCCUGUACUUCUCAGGGCAACUUACAACAAAAUCACAAUACGAAAACAAUGGCAGAAAUAAUAGGUAAAGGUAAACAUAGCCAGCAAAAACCUGUUGGAAUGAAAAUCUGGUACUGUCAUUUUCACCUGAUGGAUUUUUAAAUGUACCCAUUACCACUUUUAUUCAAACAAUAUCCAUCUCUCCACUCUGUUGUCUUCUCCAGUUCUUCCUGACCUCUUUUACUGUCUCCCCCACCCGAGUGACAAAAACCUACCUAACUCAGUAUAAAUAAAAGCAGGUUUUUAAGCUACAUGAUUACAGAGCAACAGUAUAGUAUCUUCUUAUACUCUGUUCGAGACAGUAAAAUUGUGACUGCUUUCAUACAACCACUAGAUAAUUAUCCUUUCCUAUAUGCAGCUGAAUACUAAAUAUUUGCUCAAAUGCACUUUCAGCCAGCAAGCAUACCCAUCACUUCACCUCUGUGGUCGGUGGAUUACUGAAAUUGGGAAGAGGUCAGGGUUUCUGGCUGAAAGUUCCCAUAUAGCAGUGUGUCUGAAGCUCUGAACUGUUGUCCAAGUUUUAUUUGGAAUUGUGUUUGUAAAUAGGACCGCUUUCCACUGCCGUGGUUCCCACCCUGGGACCCAUUGAAGAAGGCCUGCUUUUGGGAGGGGGGCACUACCAGUUCACAGUAGAACUGUGGUGGAGAAGAUUUCUCAUAAUUGGAGGAAGAGAAGUGGAAGAACUAAUCUUGCCACAAGGACCUACUUAAUCUGACACAUUUCUGGCAUGUUUGACAAAGAGUAAACAAAAACAUAACCUCACUGUAGCAUUGGCUGCCUAAACCCCAUUCCCUUAUACUGACUCAUGCUGGCCGUGCAACCCUCUGCUCAGCAAUGUGGUUCCAAAGAAGUCAGUUGCAAUGAGUUGCUAGGAAACAUCUAGCAAGUAGGGGAAAUUGCCCUCUUGAUCAAAUAUUCUUCCUCAUCCCUACACCCCAAAACACCCACCACACACCCACACAUACCCUUCUACAGGCCAGGUUUCCUCCUAAGAGGAGUGGGACACAGCUCAGUAGUAGAACACAUGUUUUGCAUGCUGAAGGAUGCAUGUUGAAGCGCAAGUCUCUGAACGUUUACAUGGCGGUUCACUCCUGUACACAAUUCCUCUUUCCCUUCCUCUGUUCUAGAAUGGAUUGCAUUAAAAACAAACUAAGCAUUCUCGCUACCUGUCACCAUACAGCCUUGUGCCACUUCUCCAAGUCGGUGCACACAACAUGGUGAGCCCAAACUAUGGCUUAGAGAGAACAUGUGUGCUCCCUGAGCAGUGCUUGUAACCCUUUGCUUCUCCCGGCUCCUUUCUACUGCUGUGUCACUCUGAGAUAAGCCAAGGUUUGACUUAGCAUGUCAUCCAAGCUGAGACGUCGCUAGGCUCUUCCCUCACUACCCGUGAGCAUAUGCCUAGGCUAAUGUACGUAGGAUUGCAGCUUGAAUGUUCCUCAUGCUACAAAACUCCCUUCAGACAAUGCAUUGGAGAGAGAAGCAACCCUUAUCCACAAUUAGAACAGCAUACUGGAUCAGACCAAUGGCCCAUCUAGUCCAGCAUCCUGAUCUCACAGGUGCCAACUUGAUGCUUGUGGGAUCUGAGCACAAGAGCAUUCUUUGCCUCCUGGGGUCUCCAGCAACUGGCAUUUUGGAAGCAUUGCUUCCUCUUUUUUGCAAUAAGGGAGUUUGUUACAUCUCUUUUGUGACUUUGACCUUCGAAUGCUGUGGAGGAGCCAAUCAGUGAACACUCCCAGACAUUGCAGAGCAUGCAGUGAUAGGCUUCUCCCCUGCAUUCUGAGGUGAAAGGCACGGAAGGGCUGUGCUGUGGGUUCCCCCACCCCUCAAAGGUACAGAUUGACUAGAAUGCCUUUGAAGUUCUUCACUGCCCCUCUUGGCAGCAGGUAAAUUAUUACCUAUAGUUCUGAACUCCUUUCCAGGCUCUGAACAUUCUUUGCACAUUCUUUGGCUCAUUCAUGUGUAAGUAUGAUUCAUUUCAGAGCUGUCAGCGGUUGACUUCAUUAUGUGGUGCUGUAAUUGUUGCUAGCAUUUUUAAAGAUCUUACUCCAUUAUUUGGACUACACAGAUAAAAUGUGCUGGAACCCAUUACUUCCAAUGAAUUUAUCAACAUGGCACAGGAGUAAAAGUUUGAGAGAUGACACUUUAUUCUUCCCCUUUUUUUUUUUUUUUUUUUGGAAGAUGAAAUUCUUGUUGAAUCAAUGCUGAUCACAGCUUAGCUUCUGUUUUGUGGAUGCUCUGAGGAAAUGCCACUCCCUGUUCUCAUCUAAUAACCUCUUCCCAAACCACUUCUCUAAAACCUCCAUAAUGAGUUAUUAUUAAGAAUGUGCACCCUUGCUUUGAACUCAUCUAUCUUGUUUGGUAUGCAUGUGUGCCUAUAUCUCUUUAUGUAUAUACUGGCAAAGUCAGUCACCUCUCCUGGAUUGUUUACAUGCAGUGGUAUAUAUGAGCAUAGCCAUCCCUUGGAAAGUAAUGGUGUGUAUUCCAGAAUGUGGUGAAAAAUGGGGCCAUGCAUUUUAAAUAAAUAGUUACCUCUUAAGUUACCACCUAAUUUAAGUGUUUCCCUCUAUAUAUUCAGUUGAAUGUUGAGGCUUCUUGGUUACUGGUUGCUGUAGUGUAAUGUACUGCAAGGUAAACAUGUUCAUUGUUGGGAUACUCUAACAUGGCACCAAUUUCAAACUGUCUUAUGAUCUGGCUGUAGGGUCACACUGAGGUAAUCAGAAAGCAAUUAACCAUCUUGGUGUCCUCCUGUGAUAAUCUGAAGGAUCAAUUACUUGAUGUAUUGUGAGCAGGGGCAUGUAGCGUGCAAAGAUUUGUUCCUUCCAAAGAAAACUGGUUUGGUUUGGUGCUUCAUAUUGACAGCUUGCUUUGGUUAGGAUCCCUAACUUCCCUCAUUGCAGAGUCUCUGGUUCUAUAGGCACUCCCAUUUAACAAUUACUUCUCUGGCAUGUCUUGUUUUGCUUGUAUGUGUUAACAGAAGGUCUUUCAAGGCCUCUGUGGGAGCAUUGCUUGGAACAUGAGCAUUUCUGGCGUGCAUUGGGGCAUGGAAUCCAUCUUAGAAACAAACCUUUUAAAUGGAUUUGCCACUCUCUGGACCCCACAAUAUGUUCUGUGGUGAUUCUGAAUUGCAGGGGUGACGUGGGGGAAUCUAUUUUGAUCUUUGACCUGGAACCUUGUGCAAUUUAGUAUCAGUACUUCUGCAUUCUUCAAAAUGCUUUCUUGCUUUACUGGAACCUAGAGAAGCUUUCACCUUGGGCAAUUCUGAGGCGGAGGCAUAGUGGUGGAUUGCAGUUUCUUCAUCUUCUCAACACCCCCCCCCCGGCAAAAAAAAUAAUGGACAGUUUCUAUUCCUUAUUUGUAUACUGAACAGUAGCAUAUGCUCUACCACCAAAAUAUCAUUUCAGGAGCACGGUAUCCUCUCAUGUGCUAGGAGAAUAACAGGAUAAUAGCUGCCAUUUCUCUCCAGGACUAAAUCCUAAACAGUGUCCUCUUAAUCAGCAGAACUUGAUGUUUAGAUUCACAUGCAUUGUUUGCAGUUCAGUGAAUUAUUUCUAAAUAUUAUUUUUCACUCUGGCUCUUUUUAUUUUUUUGGUCAUUAGUCUUCCAAAUUCUGCUGGGUGAGCUCAUUGCUUUGUACCACAGAGAGCUGUGCUUCAGGGUUUUGAAUCUUUAAACUCUGAAAAGUGGUCCCCUACAAGCAAAACAGCUUGGCUGCCACACUGUAGUCAUGACUAUGUUAUCUAAUGCUAUGCACCUUUUCACAGAAUAAUCCUUUUAACCUGAUAAAUGCACACUUGUUGUAGAGGGUGUCUGAAUGUACUCCAAGAAAAGCUCCCUUGCCCUGAAAUCAUUUCCCCUGCUUAAAAUGUAAAUUGAAAUUUUCAGGAGUAUGUGUGGACUUCCUUUGAAUUAAUCAGAUGAGAUGAUCUGAAAGGCAGCAGCUGCUGUUGGCCCAAACUCCGAAGGAGAUCAUCAUUUCAUUCCUUUACUCUCAAUGAAACACAGUGGCUGACUGCUGAACUUGACCGAACCCUUUUUUUCCAAAUGGGAAUGUAAUUUACAGAAAGACAAGUGUUAUGUUCAGAGCAAUCAAUUUGGCUGGGAAUUUCCAGGUUUUAAAAAAGUCAGCUGCACCCCCAAAGGAAUGCAGCAUGUAAAUGUGACCUAUGAAACAAUUCACAAAUCUGACCAUUGAUAAACAACCAUCCGCCAUUGCCUCGUGAACAACAAAGUAACACUUUAUAAAGCUCAAAAAAGCAACAUUCUGAUUGCCACACAUUAAUCAAGACAUGCUAUGUGACCCAGAACAACCAAACUCAUGGCAAUAGAAGGAAAUGGUCAUUUUAGACCCAUGGUGAUUAAAAACAAAACAGAACCAUGAGGAGCAGCCCUUCUAAGAAGUGAAGCUACUAUUGCCACUGUUACUACAUGCACAAUGUUUGCAGCAUGGAUCAGUAACCAAUUGUGAGCCACAGUGUCAUUGUGCAUCGUGUCCAUAAAAGGAAAGGAGGCAUUAUACACUUGUCUAGAUAAUGCAGAGCCAUUCCUUGCCACUCCACAAUAAUCCUUAAGCAAGGAGUAAGAGAGUGUGCUUGUAUCGCUGAAAGGGAGAAUGCAGCCAAUUAUCAACCAAUAAAGAUCUCUUGGGACCAGAUUAUGGUGUCUCCUCCCAGCAAAUACUUGCAGAUGGCUCUCAUAACUAACAACCAAAUUCCGAACUGAACUAAAGAUAGUGUUCCUAGAACAAGAGUGAGUGUGUGGGGCCGUGGCCUAAAAAGACUAAUAUGAUUUUCGUUGGCAUCAACAGAAGCAAAGGAAAGAAUGCAACAUUGCAGUCUUCCAGUCGGUCCAUCAGCCAUCCAUCUAGGGAUGCUAUAGCAGUGGCUUUUCUGUAGUGACAGGUGGUUGGACAACUUGCCUCUUGAGAUCCCUUCCAACUCUGAUUCUCCGACAGCCUAUGAUAUGCAGUCUUGAUGAGGCAAUGCAGUUCCAUGAGCCUGUGGCAUUCUGUGAUGUUUUAUUUCUCCUUUGAUACAGAGUGCUCCCUGGCUCUACCAGGACAAAGAAUAUUUACAUACUUGUGGGGAGGAAUCACUAAGUAAGUAUUAUUUGUGCACCCUGCAGUGCCUUGUUAAUCCUGAACAUUUUGCUUAUUUACUUCUAUUUUUAUCCUUGUACACAGAAGGCUGUGUGCUUUCCAUCUCUGGUACUUAGAACACACGCACACGCACACACAGUGCUUUAGGUGCUCAGGAUCACCUAAAGUUAUCAACAUUACCUAGUAGCAACAUACCGUAUUUUUCGUCCUAUAGGACGCACUUUUUCCCCUCCAAAAAUGAAGGCGAAAUCUGUGUGCGUCCUAUGGGGCGAAUACAGGCUUUCGCUGAAGCUUGGAGAGCGAGAGGGGCCGGUGCACACCGACCCCUCUCGCUCUCCAGGCUUCAGGAAGCUAUCAGCAAGCCUGGGGAGCCCGCGGGAGUUCCUGCAGGGCUCCCUAGGCUGCGGAUAGCAGCCUGCUGCACGGAGCGCGGGGCGCGCUGAAGCAGAGCGCCCCGCGCUUCGGGCAGACAUCGGCCAGCCCCACAAGCUCGGGGGACAGCGGGGAGGCGCAGCGCCGCCAUCCCGCUGUUCUCCGACCUGGUUUGGUUUCCCCGACCUGAUUUUGGGAGGGAAAUAAAGGGGGAAAUUUUUUCCUUUAUUUCCCCCCCAAAAAACUAGGUGCGUCCUAUGGGACGAAAAAUACGGUAAGUAGGGAACAAGCAUUCACUGUCCCAGUAAGUGCUGCUUCAAUGUGGUAGGCGCUCUUGCAACCAUGGAAGAGAUUCCACUCUUGCUUUUACAGUCUUGUGCUGCUAGCAGCUAGUAUGCACACACACUGAUUUUUAGAAGAUCAGUUCAGAUUUAAAUAUUCAUUCAUAUGAAAGCUGACCGUAUGUUGGACUGCUUGCACUGUUUUCUUAAAAUGGAACUGCUGUGGUUCAUAAUCCAGCUGGCUUUGGGCAGCUUAUAUUUCUGGCACACGGGCACUCACCUGCUGAGUUCUCAGUAUGAUUUUAGGUCUUUGAACAUUACUGAUUUCUUUUUUAAAAAAAAUCCUUUGAAGGGAGUUUUGCUGUCUGAAGGGGAGGGAGAAAGGGAAGGUGCUUAAUCUUCCAAUCUGAAUGUCAGCAUUUUUCCUGGCUGGUUGUUCACAAUAGGCAUGAAGCAAAGAAAGGGCUUCUGUAUAAAUCACUCCUUUAUUUUUAACAUUGGGGAACACUAUGGAGGCAUUUUUUGGUGUCAGUCAGGCAAAACUCCUUUUUAAAACUAGUAAGAGAGGUUUUAAGUCGUCCAAAAUACCACUGGAUAACCGGUUUAGUCACAAUGGCCACUUUUUUCUUCUCUGCCCAUUUAAAGCUCUUCAGGCAACUUGUGUCUCCACUUCACAACAAAAUGUUCUAGAAGGCGCUAUUUAGUAAAACAUUUAAUGGUGUCACAAAACCCAAAAAACAAUAGACAUUUCCAUGGUACUGGCACAACUCAUUUCCAUACCCACCCGCUGAUAAAUUACAGUGGUACCUCAGGUUAAGUACUUAAUUCGUUCUGGAGGUCCGUUCUUAAUCUGAAACUGUUCUUAACCUGAAGCACCACUUUAGCUAAUGGAGCCUCCUGCUGCUGCCGCGCCACUGGAGCACGAUUUCUGUUCUCAUCCUGAAGCAAAGUUCUUAACCUGAAGCACUAUUUCGGGAUUAGCAGAGUCUGUAACCUGUAGUGUCUGUAACCUGAGGUACCACUGUAUUUUAUUACCUGCUUUUUGCCCACCCGCUAAUAAAUUACUCCUGGACUGAUCCGUUUGGGAAGUGAUACAGGACUAUCCGAAGAUUUCACCAGUUUGUGUUUUUUCCCUUUCUCUUUCCUAGCUAUGCUUUAA